AAAUGCAAGGAGAAAAUUUCACUGUUUGGAGCCUUUUUUUCCUGGAGGGAUUUUCCCGGUACCCAAGGUUAGAGAUUGUUCUGUUUGUCUUCAGCCUUGUAAUGUAUUUGGUUACCCUCCUGGGUAAUAGUACUCUUAUUUUAAUCACUGUCCUGGAUUCACGCCUUCAAACCCCCAUGUACUUGUUUCUUGGAAACCUCUCUUUCAUGGAUAUCUGUUACACAUCUGCUUCCAUUCCCACUUUGCUUGUGAACUUGCUGUCAUCCAAGAAAACCAUUAACUUUUCUGGGUGUGUGGUACAGAUGUACCUAUCCCUUUCCAUGGGAUCCACAGAGUGCAUACUUCUGGCUGUGAUGGCCUAUGACCGUUACGUGGCCAUCUGCAACCCACUGAGGUACCCCAUCAUCAUGAACAGGCAAGUCUGUGUGCAGAUGGCCACUGUCUCCUGGGUGACAGGCUGUCUCACUGCCCUGCUGGAAACUAGUUUUGCCCUUCAGAUUCCUCUCUGUGGAAAUGUUAUCGAUCACUUCACAUGUGAAAUUCUGGCGGUGCUAAAAUUAGCUUGCAUGAGUUCACUACUCAUGGACAUGGUUAUGCUGGUGGUCAGUAUUCUCCUUCUGCCCAUUCCAAUGCUCUUGAUUUGCAUCUCUUAUGGCUUCAUCCUUUCUACAAUUCUGAGAAUCAGUUCAACAGAGGGAAGAAACAAGGCUUUUUCAACUUGUGGUGCACACUUGACUGUGGUGAUCUUAUAUUAUGGAGCUGCUCUCUCCAUGUACCUGAAGCCUUCUUCAUCAAACUCACAAGAAAUAGACAAGAUCAUCUCAUUGCUUUAUGGAGUGCUUACCCCUAUGUUGAACCCAAUAAUUUAUAGCUUAAGAAACAAAGAAGUAAAAGAUGCUGUGAAAAAACUGCUGGGCAAAGUGCCAUUGGUACCAAGUGUGUGA